CCCAAAUUUAGCCUCUUGCUGGUGGAUCUAGAACAUGGAGUCAUCACAGACGCAAUACUUCGUUCAGUCCUUACCCUCUCUCUCUUUCUCUCUUCAUCCCGCCUCUCUCUCCGGUGUUCGGAUGGGAGGGAGCGUCAGCCCCACCAAUGAGGACACACGCCCUGUUUCCAAGUAUUGCUCCGCGGCGUGACCAGCAGAAUCACUCCCUCUACUACAAGAUGGCCUUCCACUUUACUUGCUUGGCCACUCCUGGUUUGUCUACAUUCACGGCAGACACAGCCCACCACAUAGGGAUACCUCUUCGGUAGUGUACACAGCACUCAAGUUACUGAAAAGUAUUGUCUAUGAGAUCUGUCACCUUAGCCUCUGUUUGUGGAAAACAAAUCUAGCAAAAGUGUAUUUCUGUGAAAAGAGACUUGAGAUAUCUUGAGACUGGCAAGAAGGCUUAUAACAUUCUCUAUGUCUAUGAAAUGACUUUGAUUCUUUUCUUACAUAUUGUGAAGAAGGGUUGAACCAGCAAAGAUCCGUAAAUUUGAUAAUUUACGAACAUUCUGAGGUUGUGAGAGUUUUGCGCACUUACAUUUUCGCCUGGUUCACUAUGAAGGGAACCAAAACUUCCAGUAUCUGUAACAAGAGGAUCUAGGCACUAUUGGCUUGUGAAAAAGAGUUCAGUGCUCGCGACAAGAAGAGUUAGCCUCCUAGUGUUUGUAAUAGGAAGGUCUAGGCCCCAGAAUCUGUGAGAAGAGGAUCCAGACAUCAUCACUGAAAAGAACAGGAUUCAAUACUCCUUCAGGCAGCUUCUGUUGGAACAUUUCAUUGAAGUUACUGAGAUCUUGCUGGUGGUGAACACUCAUUGGGUAGAGGAAAUUCUGACACUGGUAGUAGUCAAGACAGCAGGAAGAGAAAGUACCGCUACUGAGACAACAGACGAAAUGGUGACAAUGAGGACCUUACUGGAAAAGACGAUGAAGCUGCUGGUGUUGGUGGUGGUGUCACACCCCGGCUACCAGGUUCACUGUGUGGAAAUCUUCAGCGAUGAAACAGAGCUACUUUCAAUAGCUACUGUUUCUCCUGACGCUCGACUAGACACACAAGACCUCGACUCCGGCUCCUAUUUUAAUAAGCUUGAGCCCUCGGCAUCUUGGCUGCCAGGGGAGAUGAUGGAACAGGAGGCACUAGCUACGCCUCCGCUGCAGCGAAGGAUCCCACCCAGGCCAAGGAAGAGGAGGGCCGCCUCCCUGCUGUUUCCAACAGGAAGCGAAUUCGUGGCUGAGUUCUUGUUCACCAUUCCCAUCCAAGCACCCUCAGGAAUGUCCAUCCCAGUAAUCCUUGACGUGCCCUACAAGUUCGCGCUGCCCAACAUCACCGAUGACAAGGACCCUUUCCUCUGGGGCCUUCCACGAGCCGACGACCGUCACACCUUCUACGGUCUUAUUGAGACUGUGUUCGAUAAGUUUGGUAUCAACGGCAAGGAGUGCCUCCUGCGGGCGGUGUGUGAGGGAUCACAGUCUUCCAUACUUGGUAUCGGCAUACUGGGCGAGGUCAUCACCGCCCUCCUCACAAUGUCGAGGCUGGGCAAGAGAGCCCUGAGGGUGUGUGGUGUGUUGGUGGUGGCUAUGGCGGUGCUGGCUGCUGCAGAACUAACGGAGACCUGGUUCGAAUACCGUGCUCGUACCAAGAGAGAACUCAAGAAGAAAGCACACACCUCUCUUGACACCAACAUGGAGCUUGGAGAGCUACACUCCCGACAGAAGCGGACGAUUGCCUUUCCAACAGGAUCAACUUUCACUCUGACUCCUGUAUUAUGUAUUCCAGUCGUCAACAUCGGUGACCUCACCGCUUUCCUGGACAUCGAGCUUCCGUUCACCAUCAGACUGCCUAAUGUCACCCAAGUGAGCUACGCUGGCAGGAUGGACGACGAUAGACUGGGGAUCUACACUGUCCUUAUCGACACCCUCUCCAGGUUCGGCGUAGACGGCAAGUCGUGCCUCCUAAGGGCGGUGUGCGAGGUCGCUGAAGCCCCACUCAGGGAUGACGGCCUCCUGGGGGAGAUCCUCAACAUCAUUCUCACCGCCUCGUACGGGUCGUCUUCGAGUCAAAUGUACGACUAUGUGAACGCCGAGUACUAUGGUCGUGUGUAUGGCGAUUGCUGGUCAGCCUACCCACAGUGUCCCAUGUCGAUCUUCAAGAUGUUUGACGAGAUCAAUGAGGUAUAACACUGUGCUGGGGUCAGUGGAACACGGUGAUGGAGUCAGCUGAACACGAUGAUAUUGGCAGCGGGGGAUCUGUUCAAUGGCACUUCCUCUCUUGCGACGUCAACAAACAAUAUCCUUUCAAGAUCUUGCUGCCUUCUUUCUCUUCGUUUUCUUGUGCUGAAUGACCCACAUGGGUUUAGCACUUAACAUGAAUUAUUAAAAAAAAAUCGUUUUCAUCUUCCCAUUAGCUCGUCAGUCACUUCUGACGUUAAUCCAUUUACUUUCUAAUUUACUCGUCUACUUUUCGACCGAGUCGGUCUGUGCCCGCUUCACUCAGCCACCUUCCGGUUAAAUCUGUUACCUUGUUCUACAGCCAGUCACUUUCCAGUUAGACCAGUCACUCUCUUCUUCACCCAACCACUUUCAUAUUAACCCAGUCACCGUCCGCUUCAUUCAGUCACUCAGUUCACUCCAGUCUCUCCUUACUUCGCGCAGUUACCCCAGCAGUCAAUCCUUCUGCAAGUAUUUCAGUGCUUAGUUAGUAAGAUCUAGACAUGCAAUUACUUCCAAACUUGCCCAGUUACCCCUUGUCCUUUACACGCAAAGAGAUGCUCCAGAAAUGCAUUUUAUGUAACAUCUGGGCUCUCAGAAUUCUAUAUCUUAGUCGAACAUCGAUUUGGAAAGAAUUUUCCAACCAUGGUUUCAUGGCGAUGCUCUCGUAAGACUGCCAGCCCGAUGCUCAGUACCUACGAAGGUUCGGGUACCCUCCCCCCCAAUGAAGAAAAACACAUUUACCAUCACUCAUGCCAAAAGUACCCAGACAUAUAGAUGAUCCACCGAACAGAAAUAUCCAUACUAAUCUUUUAAAAAGUCAGUACUCUUUGUAUCUCACAUAAUUAUAUUUUAAGCACUCGUGCGGUCGACUGUCUUCAAAAUUACUACUCCUACUACUAUCACAAAUAAUAAUAAUAAUAAUAAUAGUAAUUAUAAUAAUAAUAAUAAUAAAUAAAUAGUAAUAUUUUAUUGAGUAAGGUGUAUCGAAAUAAAAGAUGGCUUUUUAAGGGCACUUUUCCAGUACUAUCUUAUCUAAUAUUAAGAAUCUUAAAGAAGCAAAUGCUAACCAGAGACACGUUUUGUGACUAUAAACUGUAGUUAUUUGUCUGUUAUUUGAUGUAUAUUCGAUGUUAUCCUGAGUAAUAUUACCAUGAGUGACGCUAUCGUGAGUGACAUCAUUUCGAGCGACGUCACCACAGUGGGUGACGUCUGUGGACUGGUGGCCAGUAAUAGUCGAACAAAUCACAGAGCUCUUAUUUAAGGUUCGAGAUUUCUUAUGAUAAGCUUGUAAGAAAAAUAAGAGUCUCUCUUGUUAACAUGGAGUGAGACACUCCACACCACGUCAUUCAAGACUCACACUAAGGUACUCAUACUAAGGUACUACGGUACUCACACAAAGGUACUCACACUAAUGUCAUGUGGGGGUUCGAAACGUGGAUUGGGUAAGAAGACUCAUGUAGGCUGGUUAGUACGUAUAAUUAUAACGGAAAAUAUGGGAAGCACAGGCCCGCCCUGCCUCUCUGCUCUCUAUCUUAAGACUGACUCACGAAUGAUGACUAGGGGUGAGCGGCAUUCACAAACAUGCUAUAGUCAGCAGCAACAGUGAAUAACAAGUGAUUCACACAGACGGUUGGUAGUGAGUCAUACUACUGGUAACUGGUUACUGGGAACUGAUACUACUGAGAGCUCGGCAACGCUAACGUAUGUCGUCCCGACAUACAGCUAACACAAACUAGAGACGGCAGGCAUACGGCUUGGGCUGAUUCUAUAUAAUGGCAAAGUACACAACAAUUGAACAUUAUAACAUACAUAAGGAGAAUAUUGGAAUGGGAGCUAAUGUAAUUUACUGUAAUGAAAUUGACUGUAAUGCAUUACAAGGUAUGAUAUAGCACAACUCAUAGAAUGAACUCAACAUUGGGAUUACACAAUAGAAGUGAUAAAAAACAGUUUUUGAUCGAUCGAUCUGUAUUCAUGUGGUCUACGGAUUCUGAAAAAGGAUAUAUACAAAGAAAGAAGUGUUUAACAGAAAGGCAGACUUGGUGCACUCAAAUCUAGACUGCUAAAUCUCAGAAUUCGGAGAGAAUGGGAAUACAAAACAAAAAAAAUCUUGAAUAUUAAUAAGUUGAUACUGUAAUUAUUCAUCUAUACAGGUUAUUUACAUUUAACCCCAACUCUGCUAGGGUGAGACUGACAUAUGCAGAAUGGGUGUCAUCUCUGGGAGGAUCAAACUCUAUUGCACUGGCUAACUCAUGUAGUAUUUGAGCCAGCUCUGAAUUGGUAGUUACAAAUGAUACUUGAGGAUUUCUCAAUACCUGUCGUGUACGUAGGGAAUAACGACAUUCAGGUUGAUCGUCUGACUGAGUCUCAGAGGUAGAGAGUACAGGAUCGGGAGGAUUGUCAGAGUCUGUCACAUUAGUCUGGGUUGGAACAUCAUUAUCAUCACAUACUAACUUCAUAUGAUCUAAAUGCGAUUCUUUAUACUGACCAGUAUUAAUUUCUCUAACCUUAUACUUAUUGCCAUUGAUAUGUUCAACUACUCGAUAAGGACCAACAAACUUUUGAUCAAGCUUAGGCAUUGCAGACGUUUUGUUAAGUUAGUCAGCAUAACUCUCGAACCUACUGUAAUUUUGGACGGCUUUGCUCGAGUGUUUGCGACUCUUGUAAAUUCUGCUGUUGAUUUAUGAAGUGUUUCACGGAACUGAUACAACUGAGACUAAGGUACUAAGGUACUCACACUAAGGUACUAAAGUACUCACACUAAGGUACUAAGGUACUCAUACUAAGGUACUAAGGUACUCACACUAAGGUACUAAGGUACUCACACUAAGGUACUAAGGUAAACCAAACCAUACCACGGGCGGGGAUAGACCCCGCGAUCAGUCUCUAAACUCCAGACCGUCGCGUUAACCACUGGACCAGCUAGCCACAAUAAGAUUCGUCCAACUAGGUAUAUUUCUACACCAUAGGAAGGUUAGCAUAGGCACCACUGUGACCACAAUCGUGACAUUACGAUUUCGUGAGUCAUGGUACUAAGGUACUCACACUAAGGUACUAAAAUGGCUCAGAGUAGAAAUCUUAAAAAAAAUUCUUGAAGCCUUUUUAUAUAACGUUUGAAGCUCUUUUAUAUAACUUUUCAAACCCCCUUUAAAAAUCUUCAAAACCCUUUUAUGUAACCUUUGAAGCCCUUUCAUACAAAUUCUGAAGCUCCUUUUAUAUAACGUUUGAAACCCUUUUAUAUAAUAUUUGAAACCCCUUGUAUAUAACUUUUGAAGCCCCUUUUCUAUAAGUUUUGAAGCCCUUUUAUAUAACUUUCUAAGCUUCAAAAGUUAUAUACUUUUAAAUGGCUAUAUAUCCUCGAGGUUAUGGGUCCUCGCAGUUACAUA